AUGGCGACUCCGGUUGAGCCACCAAAUGGGAUUAGAGCAGAAGGGAAGCACUAUUUUUCCAUUUGGCAAACCCUUUUUGAGAUUGAUACAAAAUAUGUGCCGAUUAAGCCAAUUGGUCGAGGAACGUAUGGGGUUGUUUGUUCUUCUGUCAAUAAAGAAACCAACGAGAAAGUUGCCAUCAAGAAGAUACAGAACGCGUUUCAGAAUCGCGUUGAUGCAAUUAGAACUUUGCGUGAACUAAAACUUCUUCGACAUCUUCACCAUGGGAAUGUUAUUGUUUUAAAAGACAUCAUGAUGCCCAUUCAUAAGAAUAGUUUUAAAGAUGUUUAUCUUGUUUAUGAACUCAUGGACACUGAUUUACAUCAGAUUAUUAAGUCUUCUCAAUCAUUGUCUAAUGAUCACAUCCAAUAUUUCCUCUUUCAGUUGCUUCGGGGCUUGAAAUAUCUUCACUCAGCUAACAUUCUUCAUCGUGACUUGAAACCUGGGAAUCUUCUAAUUAAUGCAAAUUGUGACCUAAAAAUAUGUGAUUUUGGGUUAGCACGCACCAAUUGUAGCAAGAACCAAUUCAUGACAGAGUAUGUUGUCACUAGGUGGUAUAGGGCACCAGAACUCCUACUUUGUUGUGAUAACUAUGGGACAUCUAUUGAUAUAUGGUCAAUGGGAUGCAUCCUUGCCGAACUUCUUGGACGAAAACCCAUUUUCCCCGGUUUAGAGAGCCUUAACCAACUAAAACUUAUUAUCAAUAUCCUUGGUAGUCAAAGGGAUGAGGAUAUUGAAUUUAUUGAUAAUCCCAGGGCAAAAGGGUACAUUAAAUCACUUUCAUAUUCUCCCGGAACCUCCUUUUCUAAACUUUACCCCAAUGCACAUCCAUUGGCAAUUGAUCUAUUAGCAAAAAUGCUUGUUUUUGAUCCCACAAAGAGGAUUGGUGUCGCAGAAGCGCUUCAACACCCAUUCAUGGCUUCUCUCUAUGAUCCUAAUUGUGACCCUCCUGCCAUCGUUCCAAUUGAUCUUGACAUCAAUGAUGAUCUAGGGGAAGAGGUAAUAAGGGAGUUGAUGUGGAAGGAAAUGGUUCAUUACCAUCCUGAAUCUGUUAUUGCAAAUGGAGAGUUAUGCUCUUAA